AUGCAGCUCCCAGACUGGGGCGGACUGGGGCGGACUGGGGCGGUGAGAUCCACCCGGUUCCCGGCGUGGAUCUCCGGGGUUCGCUCCGGAUUUGAUCCCUCGAGUGUUUUUGGGGUGGAUUUGGUGGAUUUGGCAGCCGGGUGGAGCCGCGGCCGCUCCGGGAGGACGAGGAGCAGGAGGGAGGGGACAGGCAGGCGACAGCGGCGCGUCCCACCAAUAAACGCUGCAGUGACAUUUAGGACUGGGGGGGUUGGGGACACACGGGGACACCCCAGGACCUCGGCAGUUGGGGGGGGGUCGGGGGUCUCCGUCCAGGUUACCGGGGCCCCCCCAGCCGGAACUGGGGGGACUGCCCGUGGUGGGGGUCUCGCAGGGGUCGCCCGGGGCACCUUCACGGUGGUGGCCUGGCCGCGGGUGGCCGUGGUGGCCUUCGGGGGCUCGGUGACCGUCAACUGCAGCCGCAGCGCCUGCCCGGGGGACAACGCCACGCUGGGGCUCGAGACCCCCCUGGCCGCGACCCCCGGGCCCGGGGGGCUCCGCUGGCAAAGCUUCCGGCUCCAGAACGUGUCCCGCUGGAACCCCGGGCCCGUCACCUGCUCCGGCCGCUGCGGCGACACCGAGGCCAACGCCAGCGCCGGCGUGCUCGUGUACCAGCUGCCGGAGCGGGUGGAGCUGGAGCCGGUGCCGCCGGUGGCCGUGGGGGACAGCCGGAACGUGACGUGCCGCGUGCUGGAGGUGGCACCGCUGCGGAACCUGACGGUGACCCUGCGGCGCGGCGCCGAGACGCUGCGCACCGAGAGCUUCGGCGACGCCGAGGGCAGCGCCAGCGUGGCCGUGAGCCACCUGCUGACCGCCACCCGCGGCGACCACGGCCAGGACGUCACCUGCCACGCCGAGCUGUCCCUGCGGCCGCACGGGCCCCUCUUCGCCCGCGCCGCCGUCCCCGUCACGCUCUCGGUGUUCGCUCUCCCGGAGCCCCCGCAGCUCCAGGCCCCCGCCAUCCUCGAGGCCGGCACCGCGGCCGCCGCCAGCUGCCGCAUCGCCGGCGCCUUCCCGGCCGGGGACAUCCGUGUCACCGCCGCGCUGGGCCGGCAGCCGCUGAACGUCAGCGUGGCGGUGGCCGGGGACACGGUGACGGCCAGCACGGAGCUGUCCCCGCGCAGCCCGGGCCCGCGGGAGCUGAGCUGCACGGCCGCGGUGGCCACGGCGGCGCGGACGGCGCGGAGGCAGCUCCACGUUUACCGUAAGGCGCCGGGGGGUUUCGGGGGGCACCGCGGCACCCCCGCAUCCCCUCGGAUCCAUCCGCGGCACCUUCCCGCAGGAUUCCCCGCGCCCGCCCUGGAGCUGAGCCCGGCCCCGGCCGCGGCGGGCAGCGAGGUGACGGUGACGUGCCGCGCCGGGGCCACCGAGCCGCCCGCGGCGCGGCUGCAGCUCCGCGAUGCGGACGGCGGGGUCCUGGCCGAGGGCCCGCAGCCCCGGCUGCAGCUCCGGCUGCUGGCCCGGCGCGACGACGACGGCCGAGAAUUCCGGUGCCGGGCCAGCCUGGCGGUGGGCGACAGCGUGGUGACAAAGGACGCGGAGGCGCGGCUCGAGGUGCUCUAUCUUCCCGAAAUCCCGGCCAGCGGCUGCCCCGGCAACCGCACGUGGGUGCGGGGCGCUCGGGAAGCGCUGUCCUGCCGCGCCACCGGCAACCCCGCGCCCACCGUGGUGUGCGGCCGCGACGGCGUCGCCGUGGCCACCGGCGAGCCCGAGCCGGUGACCCGCGCCCGCGCCGGGACCUACCUGUGCAACGCCACCAACGCGCUGGGGACGCGGAGCCGCCGGGUCACCGUCCGCGUGGAGUAUGAGCCCACGCUGUCCGAGGCGGGGUGUCCGGCACGCCGGGUCUGGGUGGAGGGGCAGCGGCGGCAGCUGGAGUGUCGCGCCGACGGGGACCCCCCGCCCAGCACGCGCUGUGCCCGCGACGGUGGCACCCACCCCGGAGGGGUCACCCGCGGCCGCGUGGUCACCCGGGCUGAUGGUGGCCGCUACGUGUGCAGGGCCACCAACCGGCACGGGGUGGCCGUGCGGAGCGUCCUUGUCACCGUGGAGUACCAGCCGAGCCUCGGCGAGCGCGGCUGCCCCGAGCGGCGCCGGUGGCUGGAGGGGACCCCGGCCGAGCUGGGCUGCGCCGCCACCGGGAACCCCCCGCCCCGCGUCACCUGCGCCAAGCUGGGCGACCCCGCCAACGCCACCGAGCCGGGCGACGGCCAGGAGCCGCCGCGGGCCACCGCCAAUGUCACCCGCGCCCACGCGGGCACCUACCGGUGCCGGGCCAGCAACGCGCACGGCUCCGCCGUCCGCAACGUCACCGUGGCCGUGGAGUGUGAGUGCGGGGCGCGGUUUUGGGGGGCACCCCGGGGGCUCCGGGGCGCCCUCAGCAGCGGCCGUGUCCCCCCCCCCCGGCACCUCCCGCCCCGCAGAGAGCUGAGCACGGCGUGCAAGAAGGGCGAGUACAACGUGCGCGACGCCGAGGGCUCCUCCGAGGCCGCCUGCCUGCACCGGCACCGCGAGGCCCGCGGAGAGGCCUUCGGCAUCCAGCUGAGCCCGCCGUGA